UAACGGCAUAAUCGGGGGUCGUCCCGAUCUGGGAAUAUUGGAGGCAGUAGAACCUGAUCCACCACUCCAUCAUAGGCCCAUCCAUCUGGCAACGCACGGCCGCAUUCGCAUUUAAGAGCCGAUCGCUGGGCAAGUGCAGGUCAAUCGUACGUUAGCCUCCAGUCCGUAGAGAAGUGCUCUAACGGGGCAGCAGCAGCAGCCGCUACAGCACCACCACAAUCCUACUACAGCGGAGAAGCCCGGGCGUAAAUAUACAAUCAUCCGCCAGACGGGAAGGUGCCACAGACGGGCUCGUACGCAAGGUGACGACACCGUUAUCAACGUGUUUCCUACAUUCUCGUCCCAGCCAGUGACCGGCGUGGAGUAGACAAGGCGUGUAAAUCCAACGUAAACACCAACAAACGGAGAGAUGCAGUUGUUCAAAUGGCCCGGCCAGCUAGUGCUGUUCAACAUUCUCAUGUUCAUGUCUUGGCGCUCAUGUAGAGGGCUAAAUGUUCCCGAUUAUAGCUCACGCUAUCAACGAGAUCCCAAGGCAGUGAUUAGCACGAACGAUGCCGGCCGUAAUCCGGACUUUUACUUUCCGGCCGAUCCCGAAGCUGAUCUGGCCGAAUCAGCUCCCGAAGAGUCUCCUCUGUUGCGUCAGAAAUAUCGUCCUGCUACAUCUACGCCGUCACCCAGGCCGUCGGCUGCCGCCGCGUUCUCGUACAAUCCCAAAGAUAAGAAUGGGCCUUCGAAUUGGAACCGAAUCGAUGCGCGCUGUGGCGGACGCUAUCAGAGUCCGAUACUGCUGAACACGAGUAGCGCUCUCGUGGUCAACAGGAAGCGUCCACUCCGACUCGCCGGGAUUACCAACUUGCCGGACUCGAUCCGUCUGCAGAACGACGGUCAUUCGGCCAAGUUCACGUACAAUUGGCGUAAUGUUGAGCGCCCGGUGCUGAGCGGUGGUCCACUGAAAACGAAGUACGUGUUCGAACAGUUUCACUUCCACUGGGGAUCGAAUAGCUCUGUCGGUUCCGAGCACGUGCUCGAUCAGCAACGCUAUCCGUUGGAGAUUCAUCUGGUGUUCUAUAAUGGACUCUACGGUUCGUUCCAAGAGGCCAGCAACCAGGUGGACGGUAUCGCCGUGGUAGGAUUGUUCUACGAGAUCUACAAACACUCAGCGAACGAGCAGCUCAACACGUGGACCUUCUUCCUGUACAACGUCGUCCAGCCAAAUAGCGAGUACACGAUCUCGUUCAUCGACACCUUUCCGCUGUACGAAGUGAUAGGCGACAUUGAAUGGCCAUACUUUUCGUACGAAGGUAGUCUUACCACACCGCCCUGUCUGGAGACGGUUACGUGGAUCGUCGCGACCAAGCCAUUGCUGGUGACCGAGAAGGAGAUGAAUCAGUUCCGGAGGUUGCGUUCCGCUACCGGACUGAUGGUGAACAACUAUCGACCUGUGCAGAAGCUAAACAACCGCCGUGUGUUCUUGUACUAACUCCUCAAGACUAAGAUAGCCAAUAUUGUAAAUGGGGGGUAAUAUGACCAGCCUUAGAACCGUUCUACUGUUAGCAACCAUACCAAAGGAAAACCAUUGGUAGUAUAAAGGAUGUUUACCUUUACCACCAACAACUGAAAGCGAUGAUCAAAGUACUAUAAUAAAAUAUAAUUAAGUGAAUAAAUCUACCCUUGCAUAGGGAAAUUGCAGUAAA